ACGAAACAGAUAAUGGUGGAUUGUAGUCCAAAUUAUGUCUCUAACUUUUUAAUUAAUCAUUACCCACAGUUUGCAGCCCGGUUAACAAAUUGGGCCACAAUUGUAUUCUGUUUUACAACUCUAAUAAGAUGGGCCAUAUUCUUGCCGGCCCAUACUCUUAGAAGCUUCCUUUCUGUUCUAGCUUCCUCCCCAAGCUGGGUGACCCGACGACAUCCAUCGCCACAUUCCUAAAACCCUCCUUCUUCUUCCUUAAACCCUAUAAUCGCCUUCUUCUAGAAAUUGAUAAUCUCCCAGGCGCCAUCUUUCCGAGCUUCAAUCAUGGUGGUCAGCAGAAUCGCGUCUCGGCUCUCAAAGUCGGCUCUGGUUCAGUGCCGGAACUCGUUGGUCUUAUUUGCGCGGCAGCAGAAACCCCAGGCCCCGAACCUUUCGAACCGAUUCCAUUCCAUGUGUUUUCCUCAAUUCUCUAUUGUUCCUGGUCAUAUCUCUCUUCUGCGUGAAUCGGCCAUUAGUAGAUCUGGCUCUCAAUGGUUUGGAAUGUCAUCAUCGGCCUCUCCACAAUCUGAUGAAAAGGAGACAGCCCAGGCAGGAAAUGAACAGGGGGAAAAAACUGAAUCUGACUCUAGCAAAAGUGUGAAUAAUGAUGCUGAAUCUUCUGAUGACACCAACAAAUCAGAUUUGGAGGACCUUUCCAGGGAUGACCUGGUGAAACUCGUGCUGGAGGUGGAAGAUAAACUGAAGGGGAAACAAAAAGAAGUUGAUCAAAUGAAGGACAAGGUUCUUCGCACCCUUGCUGAUAUGGAGAACACAAUGGAUAGAAAUAGACGUGAAACAGAGAACUCCAAGAAGUUUGCCAUCCAGAACUUCGCAAAAGGCCUUCUAGAUGUUGCAGACAAUUUGAGUAGGGCUUCAAAAGUUGUAAAAGAAAGAUAUUCCAAGAUUGAUGCUUCUAGUGACACUACCGGUUCCAUGCAACUUUUGAAAACGCUACUUGAAGGUGUUGAAAUGACUGAGAAGCAACUGGCUGAGGUGCUCAAGAAAUUUGGAGUUGAAAAAUAUGAUCCCGUGGAUGAGGAGUUUGAUCCAAAUAAGCAUAAUGCGGUAUUCCAAGUGCCAGACCCUUCCAAGAAGCCUGGCACUGUUGCAGUUGUCCUUAAGUCGGGGUACACAUUACAUGAACGAAUCAUUCGGCCAGCAGAAGUCGGGGUUGCACUGGCAGUGGAGAACGAAGCAGCAGACGAAUGAUGUGAGAAUCUUUUAAUGGAGUGAGUGACUUUAGAAAUGGAGUUUUUCUCUCAUUUGGGGUUUCUUCAAGAUUUGCCAUUAGUUUUAGAAAAAGAUUCAAACUUUGCCCAGCAGUGGAACUCUGCUCCCUCUCCCCUCUCCACUCUCCAGUAAUAUACUUUUUUUUCAAGAAAAAUAUCUGCAUUACUUUUAAUGAUGCUUUUGUAAUUGAAAAGAAAUUACUAAAGAUUUU